CUUUCCGUGAGCAGGAAGUAUGACGUAACAUUUAUUAUGGAAAAACGAAGUGGAAACAGAGGUGGCGGAACAAUGGAGCAAAACGUUGAAGAUUACAAGCUGAUAUUUGAGAAGGAGGGAGUGUACCUUCACACAAAUGCCAAGAGGAGUAACCAGGACACAACAAUCCCAGGGUUUAUCCGGAUCGUGGAGCGGGCCGGGGUGCCAGCUUUAGAGUGGAGCCCACUUGAAGAUGAGGGCCGCACUGCCCCCGCUGUGCUCUACACCAAAAAGGAUGGAGAAGGAGGGGAGGAGGACACAAACUUCGACCCUGGUUAUGAGCCAGACUGGGCAGUUAUCAGCACAGUAAAGAAAGAUCGAGAACACGUCCCAGUCAGAGAUUCAGGUCAGUGGUCGUUCUCUCUGCCUCUCUCGGAGUUAUACUCUCUCCGGAGGGCUCGCUUCUCCUUGGGUCGAAACUUCCUGGUGUUUACUAGUAGAGGAGGCCACCCGCUGCCUCCUCUGCACUUCCACCGAGGAGGAACCAGAGAGCUGCUUAGGGCCAUGCACCGUUACAUCAUCCUGGACCAGUCACCGGUUGACGGGCGGCUCUUCCUUGCCUACCCUCAUGACUCAGGUGCUCUCUCUCAGUCCUUUGAUAAGCUGCAGCUCCUCGAUGACGGAGGCUCAGAUCUUGUUUCGAGAUUUAUCCAGGACCCAUAUGCCACCACGUUUGGUGGAUUCUCCAAAGUCACCAAUUUCUUCAAGGCAGCCCUCCGACCUCCAGAUUCCUCCGUCUACUCGCGUACUGCUCAGGAUCCCAGUUUCCCCCUCCAGCCCGAUGAAGAGCCCGGCUUCGAACUCAUCACAUGUGGGGUAGAACUCGGUCCCAGACCAGACGUCACCAGGGGACAACCUAUGGACAAAUGGGAGGAGUUUCUGGACCCACAGGGGCGAGUGAAGAACCCAGAGAGGAUCAAAGAGCUUGUCUUCAGAGGGGGCAUCACACCUAACUUGAGGAAGGAGGUUUGGAAGUUCCUCCUGGGCUUUUAUCCAUGGAACAGCACUACCAAGGAAAGGGAGGACAUUCUGCGGGUCAAAACGGAUGAGUACUUCAGAAUGAAGGUGCAGUGGAAGUCAGUCAGCGAAGAGCAGGAGAUGAGGAACUCUCUCCUCAGAGGAUACAGAAGCCUGAUAGAGAGAGAUGUCAGCAGGACAGACCGACACAAUACGUUCUUCUCUGGGAACGACAAUCCAGGCCUGACUCUGCUUCAUGACGUGCUGAUGACAUACUGCAUGUACAACUUUGAUCUUGGUUAUGUCCAGGGGAUGAGUGAUCUCCUUUCUCCUCUCCUGUUUGUCACCCAGAAUGAGGUGGAGUCCUUCUGGUGUCUGACAGGCUUCAUGGAGCUGGUGCACCAGAACUUUGAAGAGUCUCAGGAGGCCAUGAAGCAGCAGCUCCUCCAGCUCAGUGUCCUGCUGAAGGCUCUGGACCCGGAGCUGUGUGACUUCCUGGAUUCUCAGGACAGCGGCUCGCUUUGCUUCUGUUUCCGCUGGCUGCUCAUCUGGUUCAAGAGAGAGUUUUCCUUUGAGGACAUCCUCAUCUUGUGGGAGGUCCUCUGGACUCGUCUUCCGUGUGACAACUUCCACCUGCUGAUCGCCUGUUCAAUCCUGCAGUCCCAGAGAGGAGAGCUGAUUGGCUCAGACCACGACUUCAACACUAUUCUGAAGCACAUCAAUGAGCUGACGAUGAAGUUGGACCUGCAGAGUGUUCUGCGUGGAGCAGAAGCCAUCUACCUACAGCUGAUUCAGUGCAAGGAGCUUCCCCUCAAAGUGCAGCAGGUUCUGGGUCUCUACAUCCCCUCCAGCUCUGAGGAGGACAGCCCAGACUCGCAGGCCAGCGAGACACAGCGCCUCCUCAGCGAAUCCCAGGCAGGAGCUGCUUCAUCUAAUUCAGCAUGCGGUCCCACCUCUCCUUGAACCUGCAGGCCAGCUGAUGGACUGACAGUCAUCGAGAAAUGUGUCUGUGUGAGGUGAAUGGCUGAGGGGAAAAUAGGACCUCUGUUCUCCACUGUCCCGGGAAAUGAGCUGGAAAAUGAGGGGCGGGGAACCACACCCCCUUCUCAGGACCCGCUGCACUCCUCUUUUGGCUCGUCGCUGUUUCUGUCACCCUCGAUCCAUGUUGUUUGAAUACAGCUGCGAUGUAUGAAUUUAGCAGGGUGCUUAAACAGGCCGACGAUCUGUCACUCUGCCCCUCCCCUCCCUCCGUCCACCCCAGCCUGACCUCACUUGACUGGCAGAGCCAAACUUACUCAGUCCUUCAUUCAAACUCAAUCUGCUUUCAGCCCCUCUCAAAGCCUGUUUUAUAGGCGAAGGCCUUGUCGACAGCUUUAAACCCCAUAUUCUCUCACUAAUGCUACAAUCGACUAAGUGUUAGAGGAUUAUGGCCUCUUCAUGUUGUCAUUAUACUGAGUGACUUUGAAAAGCUGUUAUCUGCAGUAGAUGAUGUGGUUGAAGCUUCAUGCUUGAGAUUUGAGCCUUGGGUUUGUUUUUUAAAAACCAGUUCUAUGGCAUCAGCAAAAUGUACUUAAAGUGUCAAAAGUAAAAGUGCUCAUAGUGCAGUAAAAUGGUUUUUGGAUUAAUGCUACUGCUGUAAGGUUGAGCUAAUUUUAACUACUUUAUAUACUGUUGGGUAGUCUACAGCAAUACAUCAUAAUUUAUAAGAUUGUUGUUUAUUUGUAGUGUCACUUUAAAUAGUCUAUUUAGUUGAAGAAGUAAGAGGAUUUUCUCAACCCAUGAAUGAACACUUCAGUUUAUCAGAAACAUUCAGAAUCACUACAUUUGGAUAUACAUAGUUUUCACUGGACAGGGAGGGUAUAAAUUGUAAUCUGAAAAUUAACUAAAGCUGUCAGAUGAAAUGCAGGGGAGUAGAAAGUACAAAGUAGCAUAAAAUGGAAAUACUCAAGUAAAGUAGUAGUACCUAAAAUUUGUACUUAAUAAGAGUACUUAAAAGUAAAUGUACUUUGUUAAAUUCCAUCACUGUAUGGUUUGGUGAUUUUACCUGUUUCAUUAUUAUUCUGCCAGUUUUAUACACUAGUUGAUGCUCUUGUUUAAUAGUCUUUUAUUUUAAGUUUAAUUGAAACACUAUUUAAAUUAUGCAGAUGAGUAUAAAUUAGAUAAACUGUCUCUACAUAUUUUUUACCUGCAGAAGAGAGUCCCACCUUAUCGGGUUGACUCAAGACUUUAUAAAAUUAUUUUAAAGGUGAAACAUUGUGUUGCUGUGUUGAUAAAGGUAGACUGUAAGACACAGUCUGGUCACAGGGGUCACAGGGUAAACAUUAUUGCCACUAAUAUCUGCCUCUACAUUGAUGGUUUAGACUCUCCAGAGCCAGCUGCAAUAAAUUUAAAACAUAAUUUUUUAAUAGAACUGGAAUUACCAAGAAGAUAAUCCCAGUCUUAUUGUCCUAUUUUCUGGUUUAACUUGUUUUAAUUUGUUUUAACUUACUUUAUUCUGUAUUUAUUGUUAUUGUGUGCUACUCUUUCUAAAUCAUAUUUAUGAAUUAACCUAUGAUGUUUCUCUUAACUGUAUUCCACUUGUUUUGGACAGUAAAGUUAACAUCUGCUCUGA